GCCAGCGUGGUCACACUCGAAACAGAAACAGUCGAAUGUAAAAAUACGUUUGGAGCGAGUAAAAUAAACAGGUGGAAUGCUGGAUGUUUCAUAAUGAUACGCAAUGUUGUGGUGGGCAUAUCCGGGGGCGUGGAUAGUGCAGUCAGCGCCCAUCUGCUCAAGGAGCGCGGGUUUAAUGUGCUCGGCGUAUUUAUGCGCAACUGGGAUGAGCACGACGAGGCCGGUCGUUGCAGUGGCGAGCAGGACUUAAAGGAUGCGGAAUGGGCUUGCCGGAGAUUAAAUAUUGAAUUACGCCAGGUCAAUUAUGUGAAGCAAUACUGGACAUCGGUAUUUAGCCAGUUCUUGGACGACUAUCAACAGGGCCUGACACCCAAUCCGGACAUAUUGUGCAACAAGCAUAUCAAAUUCGACCUGUUCCAUCAGCACGCUCUUCAGACGCUGCAAUACGAUGCCAUAGCCACUGGCCAUUAUGCUCGCAAUAGUCUGGGUGACUUUCUGGAGCAUGCCGGCAGCCAGACGACGGAAGAUGUUCGCCUGCUCAUACCCGCCGACACGUUCAAGGAUCAGACCUUCUUUCUAGCCGGCAUAGCACAGGCGGCACUCCGACGCACAAUGUUCCCGCUGGGCGGACUGAAGAAGACUGCCGUAAAGGAAUUAGCGCGUCGCAUCGGCCUGCAGCGGCUAGCCGAAAAGCGUGAGAGCACUGGCAUCUGCUUUGUGGGCAAGCGCGACUUCAAGGCAUUUAUACGGGAGUACAUUACCUCCAAGCCAGGCAACUUUGUGGACAUCGAUAGUGGCCGCAUUGUGGGCACCCACGAGGGCGUUCACCAGUGGACCGUGGGUCAGCGCUGUCGCCUCAGUUCCUAUCUCCAGCCGUACUUUGUGGCCCGCAAAGAUGCAGCCAGCAAUAUCAUCUACGUAGCCGCCGGCCAUGAGCAUCCCGCGCUGCACAGCUCCCGCAUUCACAUUGACGCAGUCAAUUGGCUGUGCAGCCGGGCACGGCAGCAGCUGGCCACAGAAGGCAGUCUGCGUUGCCGCUUCCGCUUCCAGCACACCAAGCCUCUCGUCGACUGCCAGCUGCGACCCUUCGAGGUGCAGCUGGAUGCACCACUUCGCGCCAUCACACCUGGUCAAUACGCUGUCUUCUAUGACGAUGUGGCUUGCCUGGGAGCUGCGCGCAUUCUGCAUGGCGAACCGUUGCAGUGCCUGGAGCAGCAAGUGGCCAUGGAGAGAUAGUAGUUAGUUAAAUAACUGAUGUAUAUAUGUUUUAUAUAAAUAUAUUUGUAUUCUAU